CAGAAGUGAGGAUUGGAGAAAAGAGAGAGAAAAAUGGCGAUGGAGAUCGGAGAAGAUGAAUGGAAGGUUUGCUGUGGAAGCUCCGAAUUCGCGAAGCAGAUGGAGAUGUCUGGUCCGUUAACUUCAGAAGAAGCAAUCUGGACUGCAAGAGACACCUGGUUCAACCUAGUUAAUGUGACAGAUUGGCUUGAAGCUUUCUCUGCUCAUCCUCAGAUUGGGAAUACUCCUUCACCUUCUAUUAACUCCGAUUUUGCUCGUCGGAGCGUAUCAGAACAGUCAACCGCCUUUGCCACAACUUCUGCUUCUGCUUUACAGGAGCUUGCCGAUUGGAAUGUACGCUACAAACAAAAGUUUGGCUUUAUCUUCAUUAUUUGCGCUUCUGGUAGGACUCAUGCUGAGAUGCUCCAAGAGUUAAAGGAAAGGUAUGAAAAUAGGCCGAUAGUGGAGCUUGAGAAUGCUGCUAUGGAACAAAUGAAAAUAACAGAGCUACGAAUUGCUAAGCUCUACGCCGAUAAGGCUAGAGUUGUAUCCGAAACUGACAGCUCUAGCUCUCCUAUUUCAACAAAACCUCAAGAUCGACUGAGAAUCAUUGGAGGGCAUUUGAAUGUUGCAGCUAAAGCAAAAUCUACCAAGAGAAGUAGGCCACCAAUCACGACUCAUGUCUUAGACGUCUCACGUGGUGCUCCAGCUGCAGGUGUCGAAGUGCACUUAGAAGUGUGGAGUGGUACUACCGGUCCUUCCUUUGGUCAUGGAGGUGGUGGUGUCUGGUCCAGUGUGGGCACUUCAGCUACUGAUCAAGAUGGGCGCAGUGGGCCACUGAUGGAUUUGGUUGAGGCUUUGAAUCCAGGGACAUAUAGAAUAAGCUUCAACACUGCAAAGUAUUGCCCAGGCUGCUUCUUUCCCUAUGUUUCGAUUGUAUUUCAGGUUACCGAAUCUCAGAAAUGGGAGCAUUUCCAUGUCCCACUGUUACUUUCACCAUUUUCUUUCACCACAUACCGUGGGAGCUAGAAGAGCUGUGCUACUGCUGUCUGCUCCCCCCAGUUUCCAACACAUUUGGUACAACUACUGGAACAUGUAUCAAAAUAGCUAUGAAAUAAAGUCUUUAUUUGAGU